UACUCGAACUGCGUGAUGAGGCUAUUUUGUGGUGAGUUAUGCUUCGGAGGUGGAGGACAAGCGGAUCGGCCGGAGGCUGAUGGAAGACAGCGAUGAGAAUGCCACGGAUGCCAGGACAACAUCACGUCAGUACAAGAACUGCACUGAGCCUGCUCUUCGUGAAUUCCCCAAUGACAUCUUUACAAACGAGGAAAGAAAACAUGGGGCUAUCGCUCUCCAUCUGCUCUGUACCAUGUACAUGUUCUACGCUCUGGCAAUUGUCUGCGAUGACUACUUUGUUCCAUCAUUAGACAAAAUCUGUGAGCGCCUGCACCUCAGUGAAGAUGUGGCCGGAGCUACGUUCAUGGCAGCUGGAAGCUCAGCCCCUGAGCUCUUCACCUCCAUCAUAGGAGUGUUCAUCACAAAGGGAGAUGUUGGGGUCGGAACCAUCGUGGGCUCUGCAGUGUUCAACAUUCUCUGCAUCAUUGGAGUGUGUGGGCUUUUCUCAGGAUUGGUUGUGCCAUUGACAUGGUGGUCACUGAUCAGAGAUUCCACUUACUACACCCUAUCAGUGAUGGCCCUCAUUUUGAUUAUCUAUGAUGAAAAAGUAUCUUGGUGGGAAUCUCUGGUGUUAAUAUCAAUGUAUGCCAUCUACAUUGUGAUCAUGAAGUUUAACAACGUGAUGCAGAUUUACUUUGAAAAUAAAUGGAAGAAGACUUCGGUGAACAUGGCCAAUGGGAAUGCAAACAAUACCGAAAUGGAUGACAACAGCAACUGUGAUGCAACCGUAGUCUUACUGAAGAAAGCCAACUUCUGCCGUAACUCCUCAGUGCUUAUGGUGGACGAGCUGCUUUCAGCUUAUCCACACCAGCUCUCUUUCUCCGAGGCCAGUUUAAGGAUCAUGAUAACCAGUCACUUUGGACCCAAAACCAGGCUCAGCAUGGCUAGUCGCAUGCUCAUCAAUGAGAGGCAAAGGCUAAUUAGCAGCAAGACUGUCUCCAACGGUGAACCUGAAGUUUCCAUUAAAAUACCUUCGAAACACAACAUCGAGAAUGGAACAGGACCGAGCAACUCCACUGAGAGGAAUGUCAACGGGCAGAGGAGGGAAGAGGACCGAACUGAGGUCAGCAAUGAAAGGGAGAAUGAAAACGAGAAUGAGGACAAUCAGAACAACGAGAAUGAUGAAGAGGAGGAGGAGGAGGACGAAAGCGAGGGCCCAUAUGUACCAUUCCACUUGCCAGUGGGAAUGUGGGAUGUGGUAAAGUGGGCGAUUGCAUGGCCGCUGUGCUUUCUGAUGUACUUCACGAUUCCAAACUGUGCCAAGCCUCGUUGGGAGAAAUACUUCAUGUUCACAUUUGUCUCAGCCACCUUGUGGAUUGCAGUUUUCUCGUACAUGAUGGUGUGGAUGGUCACAAUAAUUGGGUACACACUCGGAAUUCCGGAUGUUAUAAUGGGAAUCACCUUCCUGGCAGCUGGGACAAGCGUACCGGAUUGCAUGGCCAGCCUUAUAGUUGCCCGGCAAGGCAUGGGAGACAUGGCAGUGUCUAAUUCUAUAGGAAGCAAUGUCUUUGACAUCUUGAUGGGACUUGGUCUACCCUGGACUAUAAAAACAAUUGCAGUGAAUUACGGCUCAUAUUUAGCGUUGAACAGCCGGGGCCUUGUCUAUUCGGUGGGAUUGCUGCUGGCUUCUGUUUUCGUAACGGUGGUUGGUGUUCAUUUGAACAAAUGGAAACUAGACAAGAAGCUCGGGUGUAUGUCCCUGUUCCUGUACGCUGUUUUUCUGUGCUUCUCUAUCAUGACGGAGUUCAAUGUUUUCACCUUUGUGAACCUCCCCAUGUGUCGGGAGCACUGAUGUACAAUGAAGAUAACCUGGGAGCAAGCACCUUGGUAUCAGUGCAAUACAAAAAAAACAAUACAAAGAGCUGAAGGCCCCUGGCUUAUUGUUGGCUGCAUGGAGCCACUCUCACUGACAGCUUGGGACACGACAUAUUUUUGAGAGAAAAAAAAAUCACCUGUAUUGAUGUGAAACGUAUUUUUAAUGUAUUUAUGUGGAGUCAUACAUACAAACACACAGACGCACACACACACACACACACGCACACACAUAUAUACACACACAAAACUAUCUGAUUUCGUUGGCUGCUAAUCAACGUAAGGCUGGAUGAUGUACCUGCCACGUUUGUAUAUCCUCAGUUGUAACAGAAAAAAGAUAUUUUGCCCUGAGAUGGUUGAGUGGGACUGAAACAGAUUUAGUGGUAAAUUGCUUUUGAAGCGAAUAAGGUGUACCUGGAAGCAAGGGAUCAUAGUGCCCUGUGAUUUUACCUCUUACUUUCUUCCCCUCCACAUCCCCAAUCUCCAUUUCCCCACUUCGCCCUUUCCACAGAGAGCUUGAAUACCAAGAAUGUACAUAUCGACGAGAGUCACCUUAUCUUUCUGCUCACCAGCUAUUCCUACUGCUAAAAGGAAAGUGGAAUUUAAGCUCUGAGCCAUGGCCUUCAUGCAGAGUCUGAGAUGUGAAAUUUGAAAUCUCAAUACUCACUGCAGUUUGUACCCAGAUACUACUCCCUCCUGACAAGACUGAUUUUUCCGGGAGGUAUAUUUGCACGAAACUAUUUUAUUUUGUAGUUGGAACAGUUGCAUAGUCAAUGGUACAUGUGUGUAUAUUGAUGGUAUAAAAAUGUAUAUAUUGGGAAUUUUUUUUUCUUUUCAACACUGUAGAGUAUAUAAGAUAUUAUAAUUAUUAUCACAGUUUUACCCGGCUGCACGGUUUUAGAUUUGGAAAUAUUGAUUAAGGUACAAAUGGUGCAGCUGAAGAAGCAAAGAUGCUCUAGUUUUUGUUUGUACAGGUAGUUUUAAGAAUAAAGCAUGUUUAAUUUAUAUAUUUAUAAAACAGCACAGGAAGCCACUUUGCAGUUUCACAGCGCAUUUUUACAGGGAUAUUUGACAGCUCUGUGCACACCUGCAUGCUCAACCUCCCCGUCCCCCCCAACCCCCCACCCCCACUCACCCCCUUUCCAGCCCGGCCUUAGUGUACUGUCUUCUUCUGCUUAUUUUCCACUUCUUAUACGGAGAAGAAUGACCAUGAUGAAGAAGACUGUUGAGUUUGACUAUUGCUGUAGUUAAUAAAUUUGUAGAUGAAUUUGCUACAAAAUGGCUCCACCAAACUGAUUGUAGUUAGGUGUCUCGAUUUAAAUGUAACUGGUUCCUUUGUUUUUAACGUGAUUACCGAAUCCCCAAGUUAUGAUCUGAAAGGGGGUGAAUUGUUGUAUAAUGUAUCUCACCUCACCGAAGUUUACAAGCCAACACCUACUGCUACAGAACAGUGUUAAGUCAUAUUUUCAUUAAGAACGUGACUUUCUUUUUGCUCUGGAGAUACAAUGCAUCAGAAUUUAAUGCACUUCAGAUUUUUCAUAGCCAUUAGGUUUCAGAGAUUGUCACGAGUAAUGUAUAUGGAUUUACUCACCAGCUACAUGGACUGUGUUAUUGUUAUUACUCAGUCCUAUUCUCCUUGUGCUGAGAUUUCAGUAAAUACCUUUACAGCAGUCAUGUGUUUUCAUGUCUUUCCUUCGCACUCUGUCAUCAAUUCUCAGAUCAGAAUUUGAAGAACAAGUUGAUUUUUUUACAGCAAAUUCUUGACCCUUCCCACACCUCCCCAUACCCCCACCAUCACUCCUAUGCAACCUGCUCCCAACAUAGGAUCUCUGUGCAAAAGGAAAGCUUAAGAUGAAACUGUAUGGCUAGCUUGCUAGGAAAUUAAAAUGACCAACCUAUUGAACAUGUGGACUUGGUAUGUAAAAUUAAUGGCAGAAUACACCACGCUUUCGAUUUGUAUAAUUAUUUACAUCCAUCAACGAAUUGCUGCAGUAAUUUUUUUUCCAGUUCCAUAGAGCUUUACUGGUCUUGAGAAUGGCAUCUGUUGCUUUAUGUAUGUGUGUCAACUUUAGUCAGUAAACUGCAACCAGAAUUUCACCCCUGAAUUUUUGGCCAGAGUAAAUAUUUAGUGGCUGUCUUUUGCAAAAUAAAUCAACACAGUGUGAUUGCC